GAUGGAAAACAAGGAGCAGUGGGAGGACAGAGAGGAUACGGGAGGCUGAGGGACGGAGCUCACACCACGCUGCCAUCUUUACCUCCCUCCUUUUAUUUCUCCUCUCUCUUCCACCCUGGGAUGUAAAGGCUGCUCCUCCUGCUCGUCUGAGGAGGGAGGAACACGUUCUCCUCGUCUAUAGAUCCUGCAGAAACACAGAGACAGAAGAACAGAAUAAAUCCUGCAGGUACCACAGACUGACAGCCAGGGGACCAUGGAAGCCCCUCUAGUGUGUCUGGAUGAGGAGUUCGAGGACCUCCGGCCCUGCCGUAUGGACGAGCUGGACCACCCGUCACUCAAACACUCCUACUCCUCCUCCACCUCCUCCACCACCACCGUCCCCCUGGCCUCCAUCACCAGGGAGGACUUCUCAGAGCUGGAGAACUUCUCCGAGAUGAUGAGCUUCAAGUCGAUGGAGGACCUGGUGAACGAGUUCGACGAGAAGCUCAACGUCUGCUUCCACAACUACAACACCAAGACGGAGGUCCUGGCGCCCAUACGCAACCAGGCCCACAGCCAGGAGGACGAGGAGCGGCUGCAGGACGAGGAUGUGUGGGAUGCUCUAACUGACAACUACAUCUCCACCUGGGACGGCAACGAUUCAGAGGGACUCAACGGGAAUCUCUCUGAGCAGGAGAUCCACGAAAAAGAGGAGGAGGAGAUGAAUGAGAAGAACGAUAAUGCCAACUGCCUGAACGAUGAGCCUCUCAUCACAGCUGAUCAGGUAAUUGAGGAGAUAGUUGAGAUGAUGGAGAACUCUCCUGAUCCUGGAGAAACUGAGGAGGAGGAUGAAGAGGAGAGCAGCCACUGCUCCUCCAGGACCAACCCCUCCCUGCUGGAGGAGAUCAGGCAGCUGUCACAGGCUUCCAACAACAACUGCUCCUACGAAGGCCUGAGUCUAAUGCCCAGCUCAGCUCUGGUGGAGCUGCUGCAGAGGGUGGAAGCCGCCAUCCGGGAGUACUCGGAGGAGCUGGUGAGCCAGCUGGCUCGGCGUGAGGAGCUGGAGUUUGAGAAGGAGGUGAAGAACACGUUCAUCACGGCCCUGAUGGAGGUGCAGAACCGGCAGAAGGAGCAGCGAGACAGCAGCAAACGCCGACGCCGGGACAAGGCGCUGAGCCUGCAGGGGACGGGGACGCCACCCGUCAACACUGGAAACACCGCCGCCUCCACGGGAAACAUGGAGAAGACCGGGACCAUGCCUGUCAAGCGUUUCAGCAUGGAGGGACUGUCUAACAUCCUGCAGACCGGCAUCAGACAGACAUUUGGAAGCACAGGGAAUGACAAACAGUAUCUAAACACAGUUAUUCCAUAUGAGAAGAAAGGCAGCCCUCCAUCUAUUGAAGACCUGCACAUGCUCACAAAAAUUCUUUUUGCCAUGAAGGAGGACAGUGAGAAGGUGCCUACACUGCUAACUGACUACAUAUUAAAAGUCUUGUGUCCUACCUAGAGCUCCUCCAGGCCAGAGGCUGCAGCGUGACGGAGAAUUCUUCCCGAGGGCCUUUUUUCCACCUGGAGGCCUCUGGCCCCAAGCUGCAUGACCUCCAUCUCUCCAUUAUCAGCCAUGGAUCCUCACCAUCGACAUCAUUGUAUUCACCUCGACUAUGACUACUGCCUUCGCUGAGCUCACCUUCUCCCUCCUGCACAUUCAGCUCAGGCCACAUCCAGAGAAAACGGCCGCAAAAUAGUUAAAAACAAAAAGGACUUCACUAAUGGAGCAUGACAUGCUAUUAAAUAUCACAACACCACUUUGGUACAGGGAUACAAUGUUACUGUUGCUUUCUUUUCCUUUACACUGUAAAAAAAAUCAGUUGCUUUUACAGAAAAAAAAAUGGCAGCUGGGGUUACCAGAAUAAUUCUGCAAAAAAUACAGUACAAAUGUAAACAACUUGUAAAUUUUACUGGUAUUCAAUGCACAAUAAGCAAAAUCUGCAUGUAAAUUUUGCAUGAAUAAUUAGAAUAAAAGCAGCAUCAUCCUGUUAAAUUAGCAGUAAAGGACGGUAUAAUCUACAACUUUUAUUUUAUUUUUAUUUUUUAUUUUUAAUUACUACAGUUUUAGGAUGUAAAAUUUACAAGUUGUUCUGUAAAGAUGUUGACAUUUGUACUGUAUUUUUUGCAGAAUUAUUCUGGUAACCACAGCUGCCAGUUUUUUUCUGUAAAAACAGGACAUUUUUUACAGUGUAUUUCUUAACUUGACACUUUAUUUUCCUCUAACAGAAUCUAAAUGUUGCCAAGUUUGGUACAGGGAUACAAUGUGACUGUUGCUUUCUUUUCCUUUACACUGUAAAAAAAAUUAUGUGGCUUUUACAGAAAAAAAAUGGCAGCUGUGGUUACCAGAAUAAUUCUGCAAAAAAUGCAGUACAAAUGUAAACAACUUUACAGAACAACUUGUACAUUUUACAGUGUGCAAUAAAUAAUAACUGAAUGUUAAUUUACUGGUAUUCAAUACAAAAAAUGCACAAUAAGCAAAAUCUGCAUGUAAAUAAGUAAAAUCUGCAUGUAAAUUUUGCAUAAAUAAUUAGUAUAAAAGCAGCAUCAUCCUGUUAAAUUAGCAGUAAAGGACGGUAUAAUCUACAACUAAAAAUUACUACAGUUUUAGGUUGGAAAAUUUACAAGUUGUUCUGUAAAGAUGUUGACAUUUGUACUGUAUGUAAUACAAAUGUAAACAACUUUACAGAACUUGUACAUUUUUACUGGUAUUCAAUGCACAAUAAGCAAAAUCUGCAUGUAAAUUUUGCAUAAAUAAUGAGUAUAAAAGCAGCAUCAUCCUGUUAAAUUAGCAGUAAAGGACGGUAUAAUCUACAACUUUAAAAACAUUUUAAUUUUUUUAUUUACUAGUUUUACAAGUUGUUCUAUAAGAUGUAUUUUUAACGGAAAUAUUCUGGUAACCACAGCUGCCAGUUUUUUCCUGUAAAAACAGGACAUUUUUUACAGUGUAUUUCUUAACUUUACACUUUAUUUCCCUCUAACAGAAUCUAAAUGUUGCCAAGUUUAAACUCAUCCACUGACCUCUUCACCACUGGGUUCUGUUGAUUGUUGUAUUCAUUGAUUCAUAAGGACGACACUGUAAAAUAAACGCCAUAAUGCAUCCACAGCGAUCAUCUUCCUCCCUGUAUUGUUUCAGAUGAAAAAUCAUUUGAAUACAAAAGCCAUGCACCUUUUUCUGCCAACUUAGUACUGUAGCUCCAUGUGGAUGAACAAACAAACACACGACUAUUACGGGUGCAGUGCAGUGCAUUAUAAAGCUUUUUUUCUUAUUUUUUAUUUUCGCUUCACUAACUGAAUAUCCAGUGCUCUUCUGACUUUUUUGAAAUUUCUUUUGAUUUGUAUAUCUUAAUAUUUGAUAUGAAAUCUGUUGCGGGUUUUUUUUCUACUUUUAUUUAACUGUUUCAUUUGAGUGAAAGGCUUCUGUGCGUUGGUUCCACCCUGUUCAGCCACCUGGAGGUGUUUCACCGACUUUUCCUUGGAUUAAUCAUCCCCUGAUGAGAUGAGCUCAUUUCAAUAAAAAGGCGUAUUGCAUAUUUGCAUAUUAGCAUAUUUAUGACUUCCUUUGCGCCAUGUAGGUGAAUGUUACAUCGCUAAUCGCAAAUUCUAAUAAACAUUCUACCCUAGA